UGCCGAGUAACAACUCCCGCCCAGCGUCAGUGCAAGCCACAAGGGAGUGGCGGGCAGUGGGAGGGAGUGUUGGUACGUGAUAGAAGCGCGCCGUCUGCAGAACGUUAUUAGCGUGUGGCAGUGCAGUCACAGCUGUUUGCAAGGACAGGAGGAGGAGAGGAAAACACCGGUAAGAGGGAAUUGUGAGAGGAAGACAAAGAGAGGAGGUGGAGGAAGACAGAAGGUGUAAGGCGUCCUCUUUUGUCCUCUAACAGUCAUGGCCAACACGGUGGAGGAGGAAGGGGAAAUGGAGGUGAAUUCACAGGAGCAACCGUCGGAAAUGCAGGAUGUUGGGACGUCCCCCGAGGUGAUCGCCCUGCCGGACAACACGCCGUGCCAGGUGGACAAGUGCAUCGACUUUGUGGCCGUCAACCAACAUGGACACCUCCUUAUGGGCAGCAGCAGCCUCACUGGGAGGUACUGGGGUGGCUCCCUCUGGUACUAUGAUGACCCAGCCCUGGCGCCAGAUGUGGAGAAGUGCAAGGCGGGUUAUGAGACAACUUCCGGGAUGGCUGACGGUGCCUUCCUGGACAACGAUAAGACAGUCAUUGUUGGGCAGGACUGUGGUGCAGUACAGUUCAUGUCAGUGUGCCUGGAUGGGGACCAGCGAGGGAUAAAGAGUCAGUGCCAGGUGGACGAACACCUUGAUGCUGUUCACAGUGUCAAGGUCAUGCCUGGCAGGAAACAUGCACUCACUGGCUCAGCAGAUAUGAGCAUCAGACUGUGGGACUGCGAGACAUGCCUGGUGGUGCGGAUGUUCCUGCCAGCACACUCCCAGAUGGUGAAGGACCUCGCCCCACACCCCACCAACGACCAGAUCUUCCUCUCCUGCAGCAUGGAUGGCAAUGUGCUGCUGUGGGACCUGAGGAGCCAAAAACCAGCUUCUUGUGUUUACCGAGACUACUCACUGAAGCCUGAGUGUGUGACAUGGCUGGAGGGGGCCGGGGAGGGACAGUAUUUAGUGGGAUUACAGAAUGGCAAGGUGGCACAACGUUGUAUAAAAGAUCUCAACUUUGAUCUUACUUCCUUUUAUGCCCUCCAACGACCUCUGUACAGAAUAGCUGUCAACCCUAAAAGGUUGACGCAGUUUGCGGUGUGUGGCAAUGACAGCAGAGUGGUGGUGGUGGAUGCUGCAGAGGGCUCACUAAGGCUGAGGUAUGAGGAUGACCAUCACACAGACUUUGUGCGUGGUCUGGCUUGGCAGGAUGCUGACACAUUCAUCUCCUGUGGCUGGGACACCUCAGUGCUGGUGCACAAACUGUAGUGUUUCAGUAUGUGAUGCUCAGUAUUCUUAAGAGAAGAGAUUGUGAUAUGAAUGUUAACAAGUGUAAAGUUCAUAUGAGUGAUUAAAUGUGGAUAACUAACUUAAUGAAUGACAGUGAAGGUGGUGAUGAACAUGUGGUGGAAAAGUGUUCAGUUGAGGUGCCAAGUUGUGUGACUGGCUGAAGGGAAACAUCAAGUCAAGGUCAACAGUACAACUCCAUCCAGUGUUAUCAUUUUAUUGGGCUUUUGUAUCCUGCUAGGAAUGAAUCCAUAUUUUCAACAAAACUAUAAAUUACAAAACAUCCAAUAACAUUGUAUUUUACUGUUGCAGCAGUGGACAUUUGCAUUCUCAGGUUUGUCAGAGUGCUCCAGACAGGAGCUGCACCCAGCCUUUGGUUAUCAUUCAGCCAUUUCAAAAAAUAAACAUUUCAAUCAUAU